AUCGUAAACAACCGAAGAUCUUCGGACCCAACCUGACUUUAUCGUGCUCCGAAUCGCCAGAUUAUCGCGGUUUCAUUCUACUUUUGUUAGAUCCAGUUCAGAUAUUUGCUGUGUGUGCAGGUCAUUCGCUGAACCUCCUCUUCUCUCCCCUCAUACCUGAUGCCGCAGUCGCUCAAAUCGAUCCGUGAGCUGGCAGACGACUGGCUCGCCCUCGACCAGAAUGAAAACACCCGCAAGCAAAUCACAGAUCUCCUGGCAGCUGGCAACGUAGCCGAGCUCGAUCGCCGGCUAAGGACACGCAUUCAGUUCGGCACCGCCGGUCUACGCGCAAAGCUCGAGGCCGGCUUCUCGCGCAUGAACGAGCUCACUGUGCUGCAAGCUUCACAGGGCCUAUCCGUCUACGUCGCUGGUGCGGUGCCGGACGCGCUCAAGCGCGGCAUCGUCAUCGGCUACGACCACCGACACGAGAGCGCCGAGUUUGCGCGUCUGACCGCCUGCGCCUUCCUUCACAAAGGGUUUGUCGUGCAUUUCCUCGAUAAGCUCGUGCAUACGCCUCUUGUGCCUUUUGCGGUCGACCGUCUGCACGCAGCCUGCGGUGUCAUGGUCACGGCUUCGCACAACCCCGCGUCGGCAAACGGAUACAAGGUGUACUGGUCGAACGGAUGCCAGAUUGUGAAGCCACGCGACAAGGGCAUUGCUGCCGCCAUCGACGACAAUCUCGAGCCCUGGAUCUGGGAUAAGACGCUGGUCGACAAAUCACCGCUCGUCAACCGUCCGCUGACCGAGAUCGCGGAUCAGUACUAUGCGCAGCUCGCCGUCCUGGCCGGCGACACAAAGAUCAACUCUAUGAUGCGAUUCAUGUACACGCCUAUGCACGGCGUCGGCGGACCGUAUGCUGAGCGUGCGGCCGCGUUGCUUGGCGCGGUGCCGGACAAGAAUAUGUUUGUGGUGCCGGAACAGGCUGAGCCAGAUCCCGAUUUCCCUACCGUGGAGUUCCCAAACCCAGAAGAGAAGGGCGCGUUGAAGCUGGCGAUGGCGUCGUCGGACAAGAUCGAUAUCUCGCUCGUGGUUGCGAACGAUCCGGACGCGGACCGGUUUAGUGCCGCGGUCAAGGGCGCGGAUGGAAAGUGGAUGCAGUUGACGGGCAACGAGCUCGGUAUUUUGUUUGCGUAUUUCCUGUUCAGCACUAUGGAUACAACAAAGUUUGAACUGUCAAAGCUGGCGAUGCUGAACUCGACCGCGUCGUCUCAGAUCUUGAGAUCGUUUGCAGAGACGGAAGGGUUUUACUACGAGGAAACACUGACGGGCUUCAAGUGGCUCGGAAACCGCGCGAUCGAGCUCGAGGCGCAGGGGUAUAACGUCGUUUUUGCGUUUGAGGAGGCGAUCGGGUACAUGUUUCCCGGGAUCCACGACAAGGACGGGAUCGGCGCGAUGAUGAUGUUUUUGAAGCUGCUGCGCUGGAUCGAAGACACGGUGUCGGGCACAAAGAUGACGCGCGCGCAGGGGAUAAUUAUUGUGCUCGAGCAGAUUUACAAAAAGUACGGGUACUUUGAGAACAAGAACAGUUAUUACGUGGCGCUCGAUCCGCGCGUGACAGAUUCGGUGUUUAACUACAUCCGCACCAAGAGCGACGGUGCAGCAGCGGCCGAACCGAGCGGGAACAACGAGUACCGGUACCCGAGCAGAGUAGGCACGCGACAGGUGACCUACUGGCGCGACCUGACGCUAGGCUACGACUCGUCUACACCCGACCAUGUCCCCGUGCUGCCGGUGAGCAAGUCAUCCGAGAUGAUUACAUUCGCGCUGGACUCGGCGGUGCGGGUGACGAUCCGCGGCAGCGGGACCGAGCCAAAGCUGAAGGUGUACAUUGAGGCCAAGUCGACGGUGAGCAGGGAGGCCAGCAGACAGAUCGCAGACGAGGUGUGGGAUGAUUUAGAGCGCGAAUGGUUCAGACCCGGGGAGACGGGGUUGCUGCGGCCGUAGAGAUAAGAUAUACAGGAUCGGCUGUCGUAGGGUUUGUGAUUAAUAAUCGUAAGGGUAAUGAUUAGAUAAUCAAGAUUUAUUUUUACUUUAAAGUUUUUUAGGUUUAUGUGACACUCAG